UUAAAUAACAGAAGCUGGAGAGGCUUCAAGAAGAGGAUCAAGUAGAGAAGCCAUUUCAGCGAAAACAAAUGAAGAUUAGGUUUCCUGAACGUGGAAGAAGUGGAAGAUCUGUCAUCACAAUUAAGAACCUGGAAUUUGGUUAUGAAGAUAAGAAACUGUUCAACAGAGCAAAUCUUACCAUAGAAAAGGGGGAAAAAAUUGCAAUUGUCGGCCCAAAUGGUUGUGGAAAAAGCACUUUGCUGAAAUUGAUUAUGGGCUUGGAGAAGCCAGAAAGUGGUGAAGUUUCACUUGGGGAGCAUAAUGUCCUACCAAACUAUUUUGAGCAGAAUCAGGCUGAGGCACUUGACUUGGAUAAAACAGUGCUCCAGACAGUAGAAGAAGUUGCUGAAGAUUGGAGAAUUGAUGAUAUAAAGGGACUUCUUGGACGCUGCAACUUCAAGUCGGAUAUGCUUGAUAGAAAGGUUUCCCUAUUGAGUGGUGGAGAGAAGGCACGUCUUGCUUUCUGCAAAUUCAUGGUAAAACCCUCAACGCUGCUGGUUUUGGAUGAACCAACAAACCACUUGGAUAUACCUUCAAAAGAAAUGCUUGAGGUUUACUUCUUUCCCU